CCAAUAUAUCCGGACAAAGAACUUAGUUUUCGUAAGAAUAGGUGUUAUGGGACAAAGGAUGAACAAACAGACUUCUAUAAUACGCUGACAAUGAAUCCAUACAAACGGUUUCAAAGACCUGGAGUGAAGGGUGGUACAAUGGAUGACCCGCUUUAUAUAAACGUGAGUUUGGAUAUGAGUUCGUUGGCGUCCAUCGACGACUUGAACUCAGAAUACAGUCUCGUAUUGACGAUGGACUUGGAGUGGUAUGACGAGUAUAUUGGAAGCCACUUUGUCUGUUCAGAUGAGGACAUACCGGUGGUGUUAAGUAUGGAGCCGGGACAACAUUCCAGGAUAUGGACUCCUAAACUGGGUGUUCCCGGUGUUAAAGAGCCCGGCUCUGCUGAAUUUAAUUCUCAAAAUGUGAUUGCUUUCAAACUCGGAACCAAUGGCUAUAUAUUUAUUAGAUCCCGACUUCAACUGAAGCUCUUCUGUCAGCUAUACUUCGAGAACUAUCCGUUCGACUCACAGAAGUGUUCAGUGAAACUGCAGGUCAGGGGUCUGCCCGACGAGAAUGUAUGGCUUCGGUGGCGGGAAGUGGAUGCCUUCCGGAAUGCCGAGCGCUUCCAUAUGAGUGGCUUUUAUCUCAUAGGCUAUGAACUGCUUAACGAUUCCGUUCAGGUCGUCGACCUCUUUGAAGACGAUAGGGUCUCACGAGUCACUGUUACACUACAUAUGCAACGGGAAUGGCAUCACUUUAUACUCGAUGUGUUUCUCCCAUCAGGACUUUUUGUGAUGAUGUCGUGGCUGUCAUUCUGGUUGGAAAUAAGUGCCGCUCCCGCGAGGGUUACAUUGGAGUUUGCAAUCGUUAGUUAUCUGUACCGCUCGGACAAGAAUCGUCGACAAAGGGCUAAGACAUUGUCGGCCCUCUCUCUGGCAUCACUCGCCUCCUCAACUGAUCCCUUGAUCUCUAAAUAUCUCGACGUUACCGAAAUGACUAAAACAAAGGAUAAGAUGGUUCCUAAUUUAUCGGAUAAUCUAAGAUUUAAUGGCGAGCCCAUCACCACUACAUGUAUGUUCAAUAAGCCAUCGAAAGGGAGGCGACAAUCGUUGCUAAAGAGAUUCCUCAAAAUCAAGUGUCCCAACGAUUUGGCUGAAUAUAUAGACAGAAAAUCUCGUUCA